UUCAACCCAUGUUUGAGGCCAGCAGCUCGUGAAUGAGCUUGUUAGAGAGGGAGAGAGUAAUUAGGAGGUAGCUGGAGAGAAUAUUGCAUUGGUUAAUUAGUUAGUUUGGAUCUUGUAGCAGAGUUUGUUAUGCUGUAUAUGGCUGCACCUUCAGCCUUUGAAAUAAGCAGAUUUUCCACCAAUGCAAAUUUCACUUUUCUCUUGUUCUAAGCUCGCAUAGCAGAGCCUCAAUUUUCUCACCAAGAAAUCGGCAGCUCAGAACAGAAUUCAACAAUUGCUUCUCCCACUCUCACAAAACGAGAACUCCCCCCCCCCCCCCCCCCCUCUUUCUCUCUCGCGCGUUUUUGUUUGUCUUCUCUGAUUUCUUGAACACACUCUAGCUGUUCGACGAAAUGCCUGAAUCAUGCACUCCCUCACCACCGCACCCUCUUUUUCUUCCCUUUCUUUCCAUUUCUUUCCCCACCGCCACCGCCACCACCACACCCUCUUUCAGUUAACUCCUCCCUUCAUCUUCUCCUUCCAGUACACCACCGCCAAGAGGCUCCAGGUGCAGCUCCACGUGCAGGAGGAGAAAUCACUGAGGAAGAAAAAAGGGAGGAAGGGUCUUUGCUGCAAGGAGGACUUGGGUGGGGCCGAAGAGGAAGUGUUCUCUCCUCUGGAGGCGGAGAUUCUUGAGUUCAUGCGGAGUUCCACGAAACCAUCAGCAUUUCCGACGAGGGAGGAGCUGGUGGCUGCUGGGAGGGUUGAUUUGAUUGAUGCCAUUGUUACCAAAGAAUGCUAUCUUGUUUAUGGCUGGGAUUUGGAUCGUGGGUCACGUGAAAGUUACGAUUUUGAUGGUGCUUCUGUUGCUGAGAUUCAUGGUCAAGCAUCAAUGGCUUCUGGGUUUUCUUCCUCUUCUGAUGGCGAUAACUCUUGCAAGCAAGCCAAAUCAAUGGAUAUCGAAGUUGAGGAGUCGGGCAUUGAGGGUAUAUUGAAUCGGCUGGAGAGACAGAGAAGUAAUUCCUUUGGACUUGGGUUAACAGAGAAAGAUGAAAGUGAUCCUUCCAGAAACAGUGAAGAUAAAGAUACAGUAAGUACUCUUCAUGGUGGUUUGAUCAAACUUGAUCAGCACAGAUCUCAAUUAGGCAGUGAAAAUUUAAGAAACUCCCUUGAGCCCGACACAUGGAGAAGUUGGAUUAUCCAGAGGAAUGGUUCUUCAAAUGUAGCUUUUGAAGCUGCUGAAAUAGUUCCUAGUGAAAUUGGGGAGUCUUCUGCUGAACCUGCAAAUAGAGAAGCAGGGUUCAGUUCUCUUGAUGGGGAUGCAAAUCACACUGAUAUCAAAUCCCGUAUCCGGAAUUUGGAAUCGGAGCUAUCCUCUGCACUUCAUUCGUUGAGAUCUAAAGCUGAUUAUGUUACAAUGCAGAUGGAUCAGAAGAACUCAUCCGAUGAUCUAGCAAAGUAUUCCGAUGCUUGGGAAUUCCAAGAAACUGAGAUAAUGAAUGCUCAGGACAGACUGCGAUCCAUACGUGCUAAGUUGUCAGUAUUAGAAGGAAAGAAGUCAUUGGCAAUAAUGGAUGCACACAAAAUUGUUGAAGAGAAGCAGAAGAGGAUUAAUAAUGCUCACAGAGCCUUGCAAACUCUGAAGACGAUUUGUGUAGUUUGGCAUAAUCCAUCUUCACAAAUAUAUUUAGUAGGAUCCUUUGAUGGUUGGUCCACCCAGAGAAAAAUGGAGAAAUCAAAUACUGGCAUAUUUUCUUUGAACUUGCUGCUAUAUCCUGGAAAAUACGAGAUCAAAUUCAUUGUUGAUGGUGAAUGGAAAGUUGAUCCACUGCUGCCUAUUGUUGUUACCAAUAAAGGUUAUGAGAACAAUCUCCUCGUGGUUCAUGAUUAGUGUAGGAUAGUGUGUGCGAUUGUGCUGAGAUAGAAUCUGUAGAUCAGAAAGAAUGUCGCAGGCAUUAGGCUAGUACCCGAAAUUUUUUGUGUUCCUCAUUUCUUCACAGGAAAGUAUGGUGUUGUUUUUUUGAGUGUUUUCAGUUUUCAUUUUCACUUCAAAUGAAAAUAGAGAUGAAAACAUGUUUGUUUGAUUUUAAUAAAAAUGAAACAUUCUUUUUUCUCUGUGUUUCUGUUUUCAAAUUGCCAUUUUGGAGAUUUUGAUUUCUACCAAUGUUUCUCUAGCAUGGUGUUGGAGUUUUUUUUAAGAGGCUAGGUUUUGUUUUACUUCCACAACUAUUGCUAAUAGUUACAUGUACGAGAGUGAAGAAUAGGCAGCUGCAAUGUUCAACAUUUAAGACAGCAAUUUGGGAAGAAAUAAAUAAUGAAUUGGCUACAAUUGCUAGGAACGUUAUGGUGUGCUAGGCUAAAUGGAAAGUAUAAUCUACAAUUGUGUUUUGGCUAUUUUAUUAGUAAUUAGCUUAAAAAAUUGCUUGCAUUUGUGUGGCUUAUGGAUAAGAGAAUGUGUUUUAACUCUUCUCAUGACAAUUAGAUCAAGAAAUUGGCAAGAUUGAUUGUGAUUAGAGAGAUUAGAUUGCCAAAGAAUUAGGAUCCAAUCAAUUUCAAUUCGCCAUAGAUCCACUCAUAUGAUUGAGAAGGGAGUUGAGACUCAAUUGAUUCAUGUUGGAUUAUGAUAUCUCCAAUCCUUGAUGAAUCACUUUUUUUGAAUUUCUUUAUUUUAGAUCUCUCUGACUUACUUCUAUUGCAAUUGUCUAUUUCUGUUUUGAUCCCCUGCACCCAAUUCUCUUUAUUAUUCAUGCAAUUUAAGUUUCCAUGCAUUUUAGAAUCUGCAAUUUUAAUUUCUUGCACUCUGAGAUUUAGCUAUUUUAAUUUCUUACAAUUUAAGAUUCAGUUCUUUUAAUUUCUUGCACUUUAAAUUUCAACAAUUUACUUUUCUUGCCAUUUAAAUUUUCUGCAAUUUUCAUUCUGUUUGAUCAAAUUUCACUCAAUUCACCAAUAUUCGCUUGACUAGACUAAUUAUCAUACUAAAGUUGUUUGAUCCAUCAAUCCCUGUGGGAUCGACCUCACUUUUGUGAGUUAUUACUACUUGAUACAAUCCAGUACACUUGCCGGUUAGUUUGUGUAGAAUCGUUUUUCCCCCAUCAAGUUUUUGGCACCGUUAUCGUGGAUUGAUUAAGAUCGACAAUGAUUAAGUAGGUGAUAAUCUAGAUUAAGCAUUUUUUCUUUUAUUUUUUUUAUCAAGCACCUAAUUGUUUGAGAUUUUGUUUCUACUAACCUUAACUUCAUUCUAAGCAACAGAGUGCUCUGUUUUGUUUUGGUUUGUUUUGUGUUGUAUGCCAGGAGGAAGAAGAGGUGCAUCCACCUCCUUUGAUUCUAAACCAAAGAGAACAUUCUUGAGAUUGAAAAGAGAAGCAAGAGGAAAGGGAAUAAUUGGAGAAGAAGAAUCAGAAGAGGACGAUCAAGAGAUGGAGGGCAACCUCCCUAAUCCACCAAUGGAGGUGGCCAACAACAAUGGCCAGCCCUAAAGGAGAGUUCUAGCCUCCUACACCAUCCCUAACCCAAGAAAUUGUGGGAGCAGUAUCCUAACCCCCAAUGUCCAUGCUAAUAACUUCGAACUCAAGCCCCAAUUUAUCACUCUAGUUCAAAAUAAUUGCCAAUAUGGAGGAAGUGUUGCUGAAGACCCAAACCAACAUCUCUUUUGUGUUUUUGAGAAUGUGACAUUGUUAAAACCAAUGGAGUCCACCCUAACUGGGAUGAUUUUGUUAGCAAGUUCCUAGCCAUAUUCUACCCCCCUAAAAGAGUUAUUAAACUGAAAAUUGAUGUUCAAACCUUCAGGUAGCAAGAAGGAGAAUCAUUAUAUGAAGCUUGGGAGAGGUAUAAAGCUUUGAUUAGAAGAUGCCCAGAAGGAAUGUUCAGUGAAUGUGUUGAGCUCCAAAAUUUCUAUGAGGGCUUGUCCAUGAGUUCAAAGAAAGCCCUAGAUUAUUCUUCAGGAGGAUCUUUGCAAAUGAUGAAGACUGCUCAAAAGGUAUAUGAUCUCAUAGACAUGGUGGCCAACAAUGAGUAUUUCUACUCCUCUGAAAGACAAGCUACUCCCAAGAGAGGUGUAUUUGAGCUUGAAGGAGUUGAUACAAUCUUGGCUCAAAACAAGAUUAUGCUCUAGCAACUUCAACAACAAAUUGAAAUGAUGUCAAAGAGAAUGGAUGGGUUAUAACUUGCAACAGUGACCACAACCAAUCAACCACCAGUGGUGUGGGGACAAUGAUGCGUGAGCAUCUUUCUUGUCUUUUCUUAGUGAAUUUGCAUUUAAAUUGUUGAGUUUAAUUAAUGUUUAAUUAUCUUUUAGCCAAUAUGGAUGCUACUUUGAGUCUUGUGCAAUUCUAUUUAUUUUAGGUAGCAUUCAGCUGGAUUUGAUGGAGUUUCUGUAGCACAAAAAUUAAAAGAGAAAACCAGCAAGGAGCAACGCGUGCGCGUACUUGACGCGUGCGCGUGAUUUGGUGCUUUUUAUGGCGACGCGUGCGCGUGGCUGACGCGUACGUGUGAUUUGAAGUUUUGCACGGCGACGCGGGCGCGUAGUUGAUGCGUGCGCGUACUUGAUGCGUACGCGUGACACGCGAAAAAGACAAUCGAAGCGUACGCGUGACUGAUGCGUACGCGUGACAUGCGGCAAGUGCAGAAAAUGUAGAAAACGCUGGAGGCGAUUUCUGGGCUACUUUUGACCCAAUUUUCAGCCCAAAAAGCACAUAUCAGAGGUUGCAGAGUGAAGGAAUCAAGUGGUCUCCAUCCAUUAAUUGAAGACUUGCUGAUUGCCAUAAUUAAUUCUGAUUUAAAUUUGAAUUCUAUUUUAAAAUAAGAAAAAGAUAUUAUUUAGUUUUAAUUUUAUAUUUUAAAUUAAUUAGGAUUAGUUAUAAAAAGGGGAAACUUUUCUUCUUUGGGGGAGAGAUUAAUUCUGUACUUUUACAAUUUACUUGAAUCAUAGUUUUUUCUCUGAACCAUGAGCAACUAAACCUCCACUGUUAAGGUUAGGAGCUCUGUCUAUUGU